AUGUCACUUGUUCUGUACCACCUAAAGAAAACCAGCAAUGUAAGCAAUUCUCGUACUUGGUCCUGCAUCGAAGCUUCAGGACUAUUGAUAUUUAUCUCUGCAUGGAUUCUCUUAUGGCUUUGGUUCUUCCCAGAAACAUGUUACUGGUGGUGGUCCCUAUAUUCUUCUGGCUUUUGUGCAUUGAAUUGGAUUCUUGAACCAGAGCCAUGUGAACCUGGUCCACCUGUACCUCUCAUUGAAGACCUGUUAACAUCACCAGAAUUGACAUUGUCACUGAAGAAACGACUGAUGUCGGCUUACAAUCUGGAGUCCAUCAAGGCUGUUGCAUGGGGUAUCACUCAUGAAGAUGAUGCUUUGAGAAAGUAUGAAAAGGACUUUGACGCAGCUGUAGAGCAGUCAGGUAUACAACACAAAAUAAUAUUCCUUCAACCUCUGACAUGUUAACAUUCAUUGUGUCAAAAAUAACAGGACUUAUCCUGGUGACAAACAGAAAUCAAUU